GGUCACCCUAAGCGCUUUUGAACGUUCUCCAAACUUUCUGUUUUGUAUGCUUGCGGGGCCCAUAAAGAGUGACGCGUCCUGGCUUUAAGUUUCUGCUUUAAAGUAAAUGGCUUCCACAACGUCGUACUGUAACAGGAACGUCGCUACAUUCGCCACGGCCCCUAGCCGCUUCUGGCCCCGCCCCCUGGCCAGGACGCCCCGCCCCUGGGCCGCUCUCCUAGCGGCUCCUGCGGCCGGUCGGGAUUUAGCCGGUUGCUUCCCAAGAUGGCGCACGUGCUGAAGGCGGCGGCUGCGGGAGUCGCAGGGCUUUUUUCCGGACUCCAAAGUUCAGUUCCAACACUAAGAGCUUUUUUCACAUCUCAACCCUUGCAUCAAGUGGCAGAUCCUGUGUGGAACUUGGGUAGACUCAAUCAUGUAGCCAUAGCAGUGCCAGAUUUGGAAAAGGCUGCAACAUUUUAUAAGAAUGUACUGGGGGCCCAGGUAAGUGAGGCGGUCCCUCUUCCCGAACAUGGAGUAUCUGUUGUUUUUGUCAACCUGGGAAACACCAAGAUCGAACUGCUUCAUCCAUUGGGAAUUGACAGUCCAAUUGCAGGUUUUCUGCAGAAAAACAAGACUGGAGGAAUGCAUCAUAUCUGCAUUGAGGUGGAUAAUAUAAAUGCAGCUGGGAUGGAUUUGAAAAAAAAGAACAUCCGUAGCCUAAGCAAAGAGGCCAAAAUAGGAGCACAUGGAAAACCAGUGAUUUUUCUCCAUCCUAAAGACUGUGGGGGAGUCCUUGUGGAACUGGAACAAGCUUGAUUUGUAUCUGCAAGAAACUAAGUUAAUUGACCUGAAAAAGCCUAUCAAACACUGUCAAAAUGUACGAAAGCCUUCACUGCUUUCAUCACUUAAAAGUGAUUUGGAGAAAACCUUGAUUAUGAAAUACUUAAGGAACAUUAUUAAAAUCAUAUUCAUAGAAAUAAAUUGUUCUAUUCUAAAA